AUGGCUCUCUCCUACGUUUUCAGCAAGAGCCUCAGAUCAGCAUCCACAAUGUUUUCUAGUCUUUUGUGCAGAAACCGGUUUCGAGUCCAAGGAUUUGCAGGAGCUGCUUCACAUUUUGAUUUUCAAAAUCAGUGGUUCUGUACAAAAAGACUGACCAGCAGCUCCGAUGAUUUUACAGUCUCUUACCUGGUUAACUCAUGUAGGCUGUCCCCAGAAGCCGCCGUUGUAGCGUCCCACAAGGUAAAGUUUCAAUCUUUAGUGAAACCAGACUCUGUUUUAGCCCUUUUUAGACAGUAUGAGUUCUCAGACACCCAGAUCUCAACUCUUGUGCGGAGAUACCCACUUAUUCUGGUGGCCGAUGUGAAGAAUAACCUUUUGCCAAAGCUUGAGUUUUUGUGCUCCAUAGGAAUCUCAAGGCUCGACCUUGCAAAAAUGCUGAGCCACAAACCAAUUCUUUUGACCCCAAGCUUGGAAAACAGCAUUAUACCCUGUUAUACCUUCCUCAAAAGCGUGGUGCUCUCUGAUUCCAAGGUCGUCUACAUUUGGAAGCGCAACUCAUGGAUUUUCGGGGCAAACCUAUCAAAGAAUGUGAUACCCAAUAUUGGGCUUCUCAAAGAAUUGGGCAUGCCCGACUCGUGUAUCGCUUCCUUGGUGACAUAUCACGCUGAGAUUGUGAUGAGAAAGCCUGAAGCUUUCAGUGAACUUGUGAGUGAGGUCAAAGAAAUUGGAUUUGAUCUUGAAAAGAUGUUCUUUGUGCAAGCCUUGCAUGCAAUGUAUUGGAAGCAGACAUGGAAGAGAAGUGAAUCGGCCUAUAGGAGCUGGGGUUGGUCUCAUGAGGAUAUUCUGUGUGCCUUCAGGGUGUGUCCACUGUGCAUGACCAAGUCCGAGAAGAAAAUAAUGGGAACAAUGGAUUUCUUAGUGAACAAGAUGGGGUGGCAGUCACAAACAAUUGCAAAGAUUCCUUAUGUUUUUAUGUACAGCUUGGAGAAGAGAAUCAUCCCAAGGUGUUCAGUUGUUAGAGCUUUGUUGUUGAAAGGAUUGAUAGAAGAGAAGAAGUUGAGUUUGACUGCUGUUUUUAUGAAGCCAGAGAAUUACUUCUUAAAUAAGUUUGUCACUUGCUAUCUUGACCAAGUACCUCAAUUGUUGGAUGUAUACCAUGGAAAAGUGGACGCGCAGGAUGUAUGA